UGUAUCAGGCAUGUUCAAAAGAGGAUGGGCUUACGACUCCGCAAAAAAUAAGACUAAAUCAAUGGAAAAAGACGGAAAAACAAUUAAUAAAAAAGUACUUUCUGGGAAAGGUAAGCUCACAGCUAAGCUAAUAGAUAAGCUGACAGUUUAUUACGGUUUGGCAAUAAAAAGAAAUUAUGAUUCUGUGGACAGUAUGCAUAAUGCAAUUUGGGGAACUUAUUAUCACUAUUGUUCGACCGAUGAGAAUCCUCAACACGAAAUGUGCCCAGGUGGAGAAGGUUCAUGGUGUACUUGGCAGCAAGCGCUAGCAACAGAUACAUUAUCUUCUUACAACCAUGAUUAUCCAGCUUUACCAGCUGAUGUUGCCGAAGCUAUAUAUCCAAUUAAUGAAAACCUUAGCAACGUAAAUUUAUUGGAAAGGUGUGUAGGUGGAUUCACACAAAAUAAUAAUGAGAGUUACAAUCAGCUAAUCUGGAAAAUAAGUCCGAAAAUUGUUCCAUGUGGCUCUAAAGUUGUUGAAAUAGCGGCUUACAUUGCAGCUGCAACAUAUAAUGAAGGUACAACAUCAUUGUUACACAUUAUGAGUGCAUUAGGGCUUUCAUUAGGCACCGCAGCUCAUGAUUAUGCUCAGAAAGAGGACGCAGAGCGUGUGAUGAUCUCCGACGCGAGAGCGCUAGGGAGCACGCGCGAAUAAAGAAUGGCUCGACGACAACACCAGCUGGACUUACUGGAAGCUAAGGAUCCUACACAAGGUACCUCUUAUGGCCCUGGAAUCGAUGAUACCAUAUAAUCCAAACCGACGAAAUCGUGCUCACCGCCGAGCGCCUUUUUUUGGAGGCCGUUCGGGACAUCAUCUGCAGAGGCGGUGUACAUCAAUAUUUUGACACGAGUAAUACACAAUUAUAUUCUUCAAAGUGUGCUUUUU